UUGGUAGACGACGCCGUAUUAAUUAGUUGAGUAAAACGACGUGGUAUUAAUAGUUUAGUGAAACGACGCCGUGAUAAAAGGUGUUCACUGUGAUCGAGAAGAAAAAGGUUUCGAAGACGACGAUGACGACACAGGAGCUAGCGAUGGAAGGAGAGAAGCAUUUGGAAGAAACUAUUGAAGCGGCUUUUCAGAUAAUUUCAGCCAUGAAUGAUGAGCUUUGUAAUCCUUCUUUGUGGUCUACUUCAGCUACCCCGAGUUCCGCUGCGACGGCGACGGGUUCUAAUGGUUCGGCUCUCGUUUCUGUCGAUGCGGCUGCGAUUGAUGGAACAUCGCAUCAUUCGGAAUCUGGUGGUGGUGGUGGCGGCGGAGGAAGCGGAAAUAGUGUUUUGGAUGAGGCGAGUCUUCGGUAUAAGAACUCAGUGACUUCGCUUCGUGCUGUUCUUGCUGCGAUUCCAAAUUCGCACAAGGCAAAAGCAUCUGAAAUGGAAAACGGUUUCGGAUCUCCUGAAAGUGAAGACGAAAUCGAAAAGUUGGAAGAGCAAGCCUUAAGUCUCAGAAUGGUAAAGCUUUCUGCAAUUUUCAUCUCUUUCAUUUUCUAUCAGAAUUUUACUGUCGAUUUCUGUAAACUGUAACUUACAUAGCAUUGAGUUUGAUUCAUAUUUUCUUGUAUUAAGUGUUCUUCUUUCCACUGUGUAGUGUAAGUGUUUGUAUCAUUAUAGCUUAAGCAGUUCUAGAACCAUGGAAAUGUUAAUAAUUUCUUGAAUACAUUUCAGUCAUCUGGUCAUUUUGAUUUCGUUGUGAAUAACCUUAUGGGAAGUGAUUAUAUUGUUCUUCUCUGUUGGCAUUAAUAUACUGAAGCUUUUUUG